UCGAAGUUAUCGCACGUCCGUUCGUUGCGGGUCAAAUAGCUCGCGAUGUCGAAUUCCGAUUUGAAAGUUAGUUCGAUCGAGUUGAGUCAUCUUCCCGAGUAGUCAUAGAAACGCGACGCGCCUCGUUACGGCGUUAGAUUAGCCGAGGGUGGGAUGGAUGAGCGUGUGCGUGAUUGUCGCUUCGGCGAGACGUAGCUCGUUCACGACAGUUCAUUCGGCAAUUGACGCAAUCGUACGCGCGUAAUCCUCGAAAGCCCGUCGGCGGGACCUUCGCCGGGACCUUCGGCGAGAAUCAAUGGAUCGAAAGUACCAGAAGGUCGGUCUCGGGGUGGGCGCGAUUCACAACCCCCCGAGAGCGAAGUACAGCGAGGACACUCGAAAUCUAAUUAAGCUGUUAAUGGAGGAAUCUAAGUUAACAAUGUUGCAAAGGAAAACGAUUCAGGAGGCCGUAGACAAGGGCGAGUCUUUACCGCCGUCCAUCGAUCGGAAGAAAACCAAGGACGCUGAUAAUAAGACGAGCGAACAUUAUUGCGUUAAAGCGCCGAGUGCCUGGAGGAGACGCUCGCAGGACACGAUUAUCAGCAGCGGCGCUUACGAGAGGGAGCAAUUCAGGAGAACAGCGCCUUUACCCAACAAGGACAAGCAGAAACGUCACUUAGCUUGCAUGAUGGCUUUCGGCAAGGAUAUUCCUGAGACCCCUCAUGGUCCCAAGAUCCUUCACCGAGCCAGACGAGAGCCACCAGCAAUACCUGAGGGCGUGGAUCCCCUAAACGAGCUGGUCGAAGCGAUUCAGGAGAGAAUGGACUUUUUGAACGACAUGGAGAGCCUCGGGAUGGAGAAGAAGUAUCAGCCGAUAAUACAGCAGGAGAUAGCGCAGAAAAUACGGUUGCUUGAAUUAAUGGAUAAGCAAAUGCCCGAAGAGACGCGAAAGAAGAUCGCGGGCUUCAAGUACAAGAAACCGCCGCCAAAGCCGUUCCCGAUGGAAGACUUGGACGAAAGUUGAUCUCCGCAAAUCGCCGUCGUGAUGUGAAUUGCGUGCGAUUGCACAUCAUUUUCAGCCGCCUCAUAAAUUGCGAGUAAUCUCAACAACGGGAAACGUAAAACGUAGCUCGAAUAUUACCGGCGAAGACAUUUAUUCCCGCAUUCGGGAUUGAUCCUCCGAGUAGAAUAUUUCUUUCCUUUCGGGUUCUGCUUUUUAAUUGUAAAAGAAGCUAUUUAUUCAUAACAAUUAUUUAUCGUACACAUAAUUUAUACUG